AUGGCGAACGAAAAAUCUUUUGUUGCUCCAGUCCAAACGGGAUUGUACGUGGGUAACAUUCCGUUGAAUGCAUACCCCGAACCAAUUAUUGAUGAUAAAAUUGCGCAUGCAUUUAACCACUCAACGCGAAAGACCCUCAAGUUCAUUGCUCCAACUCUACAAAAUGGAGAGGUGAUUCUGAGACCGACUUUAGACACUAUCCGAAAUGGGUCUAAACGAUGGAAAACUACCGCGGUCGGAUAUUUUUUGGGGAAACGCCCAUACUUUCACCAUUUGAAGGAAUACGCGGUAUCAGUUUGGCCGGGUUUAAGAGAGGUAACUGGUACUACUAACGGUUUCUUUUUCUUCCAGUUUAAGUCAGUCGCAGUUAUGGAAGAUAUUAUUGAAGGAGGGCCAUGGCUGUUCCAGGGGCAGCCUAUUGUUCUUCAAAAAUGGGAGCCGGGAAUGGUUCUGAGGAAACUUAAACACACACAGGUUCCUGUCUGGAUCAAAUUGCGCCACCUUCCGGUGGAGUUGUGGACAGAGGAGGGACUCAGCAUAGUGGCUAGUGGAGUGGGUAAACCUUUAUACCCGAAUGCGAUCACGAGAGCAUGCACAAGACUGGAUUUCGCUCGUGUAUGCGUUAUGCUGGAUGUGAAUUCGAAAAUGCCAAAGCACAUUAUUAUUAUGACACCGGAUGAGGAAGGAGGAGAAUUACCGUGCAAAAUUGAUGUGGAGUAUGAAUGGCUACCCCCGAGGUGCACCAGUUGUAUGACAUUGGGACACUCAGCCAAGGAGUGCAUUGUCAACAACUAUCAAACUACCGGUUAA